AUGCCUCCUACACCCACCGCCGCCGUUCUAUACAAGAAAAAGGAUGGCAGCCUCACGAUCUCGCCGGAUCACAAGUAUCUCUUCUGGACCGGCCAGGGCACCUCAUCACCCGCCUUGACGAUUCCCGUCGGCGACAUCACCAACCUCCAGCAAACACCUGCUACUUCCGCCAAGGUCGCCCUCAAGGUUUUUGUGAAGGAGGAGAGCCAUGUCUUCUCCUUCACCAGCAAAGACCGUGCGAAGAAGGAACAGGAGGAGGUGACGGACACGCUGAGGAAUACCAUUGCCGCUGCGAAGGCGCCGACUGCAGCGGCCCAGCUUCAGCCCGCAACGACACCAUCUGGUGAUGGUGGUCAGCAGAAUGGCGGCGACGCAGGUCAGUCGGCAGCAAUGGCUAUCGCGAAAGCGAUAUCCUCGAAGCAGGCGGAUGAAGGCUGGUACGAUGACAGCAAGCUGAAGUCGGACUUCCAGCUGCAGCGAUCAUUAUUGGAGGCGAACAAACCGUUACAGGCGCGCUUCAACGAGGCCUUGAAAGACAGGCCAGAGAGCGUGUCGAUAUCUCAAUUCACCACCCAAUUCUGGUCUGCAAGACUCCAUCUGCUGCGAGCCCAUGCUAUCGAGAAGGCACAGAAGCAGGGCGAGUACAAUGUACUACCUGAGAUCAGAUUCACGCGAAGGCAGGCUGAGAAGGAAGGCGAUCCGGAUAUCAAACAGCUGCACAUCACAAAAGAGCAGAUCAAGCUCAUCUUCCGGCAGUAUCCUGUCGUGAAGGAGGCCUACGAUGAGAAUGUCCCGCCUCUGGAUCCUGGUGGCUUCUGGCAGCGCUUCUUCAGCUCGCGUUUGCUCAAGAAGCUGAAAGGAGAGAAGAUCACACAGCAGGACCCUCUUGACUCCGUCAUGGACAAGUACCUGGAGCGACGCGAAGCCGGACCUGCCAGUAUUGGCUACAUCCCACACUUUAUCGACCUGGAAGGCAACGAGCAGAACCACAGUCAACGCAAAGGCAACAGACCGGACCAAGAUAUGCGGCCGUCCUCUUUUGACAAGGUUCCGCUGCUUCGGGUCCUCAACAACUUGUCAGAGAAGAUGCUGUCUCAUGUCGCACCUGAGGAUGGCGAAGCACACGCGCCGAUAGGCAUGGACGAGGAAGCUUUCGAGCAGUUGCGGCUUCGUGAUCUCGCAAUGGACGACCAGGACAACAGGGUCAAGCUAAGUAUCCGGGAACCUGGCCAGCUCGGUCACGGCGAUGCACACGACGAUCUAUCUGCGGAAGCAAAGCUCUACAUGCAGCAGGAUCCGGAUCAAGUCAUUUCAGGCCUGCGAGAAGGUUUGCAACCAUCACAACUCGGUGCCGACAAGAGUGGUACCGUGCGCCUGGACAGAGCUGUUAACUACCACAGCGACUCUGAUUCUGGGUCAGAAGACGAGCGCACUCCCAAGCACAAGUCCACCAAUGGCAAGAAGUCCAGACGACGAGUAGCGGUAAACUCUCACUCCGCCAUCGCAUCCGCAACCUCCUCAAUCCUGUCUUCCGUUGCCACCCGCCGCGCCACCUCUUCCUCAGACCCCAGCUCCCUCAACGGCUUCUCUCAGCAGACCUUCGACCAACUCACCAUCACCCACAACACCACCACCGAGUUCCUCCACUACUUCUGGACCCUCUUCCUCUCCGGCAACCCCGCGCACGUGACGGAGCUAUCGCAGCUCGUCAGCACGCUGGACAGGAGUCUAGACCGCAUCACCGCUGUUGCCGAGACGGCGGAGAAGGAGCGGCAGAAGAAGAUUGAGGGGAUUGAAAAGCAGUACCGUGAGUAUGAGCGAAGGACGGGGAAGCGGAGGAGGGUGGAUCACGAUGAGGUGCCGGGCGGGAAGAGGGUGGUGAAUGAGAUGGCUGCGCCGACGAUUAAGGCGCUGCAGAUGGCGGCCGAGAGGUAUAGGCGGGAGUUGGAAGUGCAGAGUAAGGAGGCUGGGGGUGCGUGA